GCGAUGCAAGAGCCUUUCCCGCCUUCGUAGGUGCUGCUGCCGCUGCUGCUGACUGUGCCCGGCCGGCGCGAGCGAGCAAGGCCAUGGCUGGGCCCCGAGACGCCGUCCCGGCCCUGUCGGAUUGCCAGUGCCGGAUCUGCAUGUGCAUCCUGCUGGAGCCCGUGACGCUGCCCUGCAAGCACACGCUGUGCCGCCCGUGCUUCCAGGCGACCGUGGAGCAGGCCAGCCUGUGCUGCCCCUUCUGCCGCCGCCGGGUCUCGUCCUGGGCCCGCUACCACGCCCGGAGGAACUCGCUCGUCAACCAGGAGCUCUGGGAAGUCAUUCAGAAGCAUUACGCCGAGGAAUGCGAGCGGAGGCAGGCCGGGCUGGAGCCCGAGGAGCUGGUUGAUGACUGUCACCCAGUUCAUCUAUUAAGUCAACCUGGUGAAUUGAGAAGAGAAUACGAAGAGGAGGUAAGCAAGGUGGCGGCAGAGCGACGAGCCAGUGAGGAAGAAGAAAAGAAAGCCAGUGAGGAAUAUAUUCAGAAAUUACUGGCAGAAGAGGAGGAAGAAGAAAAAAGACAAGCAGAAGAAAGGCAAAGAGAGCGAGAGCAACAACUAAAAAGUGAUGAAGAGUUGGCGAGAAGUCUAAGCAUUAAUAUUAAUAAUUUCCAUGAGGGAAAUGUCACGGCCUCUCCUACGAAUUCCAAAAACUCUGGUACAGUCACAACGAAGUCACAAAAGAAAAGUAAGAACAAACAAACAAGCAUUGGAGAUAUUCAGAAGUAUUUGUUACCCCGGUUUAUGUCAGCUUCCCAGCCUGAAUUUAUUCAAGAAAUAAGGUCAAACUUGAAGUCAGCUGAGGAACUGGGUAAUAAUGAUAUUAGGAGCCCUGUGCAACAAAAUAGAGAAACAGUGGAAGGCGAGGCAACACUGUCUUUACAAAUGUGCCUUGAAAUUCAAGAACAAAAUGCGAAGUCUUCAGUAGAGGCACCUCAGUUGUAUGCCAGUGACACAGAUUUGUGCCCUGAAAGGGAAGCCAGAACAGACCUAAGUAAUCAAGAGACAGAGCUGUGCCUCGUAAAUCAUGAGGGGUCCCAAGCCACAGCUCCUUGCUCUAGAGAAAAUGCAGCCAUGACUUAUGGUGAGUGCACUGUGAUAGAUUUGACAGGUAUCAUGGACUAUAGCUCAGAUAAAACAGCCAGCGAAGAGUCUUGCCUGUCAAUCAGUAAAGAUAUUUCCGAAAGAAGAAACCAGGAAUCUUCAUUUCAAAUGGUCAAGGACCCAAGCUUUUCUGCGAAAAGAAGGAAAAUACUCUUGGACGAAGAGGAAACAGACAUCAACUUUACCCAAAAGCUGAUUGAUUUGGAAAAUUUACUUUUUGAACGACAUAAACAAGAAGAGCAGGACAGGUUAUUAGCAUUACAGCUUCAGAAAGAGGUGGAUAAAGAACAAAUGAAGCUAAACAGGCAGAAAGGAUCCCCAGAUGAGUAUCAGUUACGUGCUACAUCGUCACCUCCAGAAAAACUCUUAAAUGGACAGAGGAAAUCUUCCAGAGAUAGAAACGUCAAAAAGCAAGCUGAGAUGGAGCGUUCAGAACCUCAGAGAAGCCGUAAAAAUGAAAACUGGCAGUCUUCUUUAAAGACCCAGUCGAAACCUUCAGUUAAGGGAAGGAAGAGGUCAAAUUCUACUAGAGAUAAUUGUAAUCAUGUGAAAAGUACUCAUUCCCUAGAGCUUAGUAGGUCGCAAAAAAGUAUCUUUCAGAUGUUUAAAAGAUACACAAAUUAAUGCAGAGAUAUAAGAAGUGUUAUAUACUUUAGGUAAAGCUGGUUGGGAAACUCAUUUCUAUCAAAGAAUCUAAAUGUUUUUACGAUUGCAUACUCAGAAGGAAGAAUAUACACGUUUCUGACCAGCUCAUUGGCCAGCAAGAAGUCAUUUCUGUUGAUAAAAACUUUCAGUUGCAAAGCUUGUUAAUCUUUCUGUCAUAAAAAUUGCUUUCUGCCCCCAAGAAAUCUUUGCAAAAAUCAUAAUGUAUUAUGGUCUUUACUUAUUUUUUUCCUAAAUGAUAGUCAAAGCAAAAUUAUGAUACCAAGUAGUGAAGAGUUUAAGUUUCUUGCUA